CUCCCAUUCCCACUGUCGUUCUCUUUAGCUCCCGAGUCCCCCUCCCCAGGAGCGCAACUCGUCUCCCCUCUCCUGGCUCACUAGUCCGCCAUGCCUUUUCCUUUAGAUUUGGGGCUUUGGGUCCGCCGCGCUCAGGCGGUAAGGUGCCGCCCGCCCGCUAGGGCGUUUGGGCAGGUCGGUCUCCGAGAUGGUGCCUGUCCAAGUGAUGCAUCGCAAAGUGGCAUGCUGUCCCGCCUCGGUGACUUGCUUUUCUACACUAUUGCUGAGGGCCAGGAACGAAUUCCUAUCCACAAGUUCACUACAGCACUGAAAGCCACUGGACUGCAGACAUCAGAUCCCCGACUCCGGGACUGCAUGAGCGAAAUGUACCGCAUGGUCCAAGAGUCCAGCACUGGUGGUCUCUUGGACCGAGAUCUCUUCCAAAAGUGUGUGAGCAGCAACAUUGUGCUCCUGACCCAGGCAUUCCGGAAGAAGUUUGUCAUUCCUGAUUUUGAGGAGUUCACAGCUCAUGUGGAUCAUAUCUUUGAAGAUUCCAAAGAGCUCACUGGAGGCAAAGUAGCGGCGUACAUCCCUCAGCUGGCCAAGUCAAACCCAGACCUGUGGGGUGUCUCCCUGUGCACUGUGGAUGGUCAGCGGCACUCUGUGGGCCACACUAAGAUCCCCUUCUGCCUGCAGUCCUGUGUGAAGCCUCUCACCUACGCCAUCUCCAUAAGCACUCUAGGUACUGACUACGUGCACAAGUUUGUGGGCAAGGAGCCCAGUGGCCUGCGCUAUAACACACUCUCCCUCAAUGAGGAAGGAAUCCCCCAUAACCCCAUGGUCAAUGCUGGUGCCAUUGUCGUCAGCUCCCUGAUCAAGAUGGAUUGUAACAAAGCAGAGAAGUUUGAUUUUGUGUUGCAGUAUCUGAACAAAAUGGCUGGAAAUGAAUAUAUGGGUUUCAGCAAUGCCACAUUCCAGUCUGAGAAGGAGACGGGAGAUCGGAAUUAUGCCAUUGGCUAUUAUCUCAAGGAAAAGAAGUGCUUUCCUAAAGGGGUGGACAUGAUGGCUGCUCUUGAUCUCUACUUCCAGCUGUGCUCCGUGGAGGUCACCUGUGAAUCAGGCAGUGUCAUGGCAGCCACCCUUGCCAAUGGCGGGAUCUGUCCCAUCACAGGCGAGAGCGUGCUGAGUGCUGAAGCAGUGCGGAACACCCUCAGCCUCAUGCAUUCCUGUGGCAUGUAUGACUUCUCUGGACAGUUUGCUUUCCAUGUGGGCCUGCCAGCCAAGUCAGCUGUAUCAGGAGCCAUCCUCCUGGUAGUACCCAAUGUCAUGGGAAUGAUGUGUCUGUCCCCACCAUUGGACAAGGUGGGGAACAGCCAGAGGGGGAUCAACUUCUGCCAGAAGUUGGUGUCUCUUUUUAACUUCCACAACUAUGACAACCUACGGCACUGUGCUCGGAAAUUAGACCCACGGCGUGAAGGGGGAGAAGUUCGGAACAAGACAGUGGUGAACCUGUUAUUUGCUGCCUAUAGUGGAGACGUUUCAGCUCUUCGAAGGUUUGCCUUGUCAGCUAUGAAUAUGGAACAGAAAGACUAUGACUCCCGCACAGCUCUGCAUGUUGCUGCAGCUGAAGGCCACAUUGAAGUUGUUAAAUUUCUGAUCGAGGCUUGCAAAGUGAACCCUUUUGUGAAGGACAGGUGGGGCAACAUUCCCCUGGAUGAUGCUGUGCAAUUCAACCACCUGGAGGUAGUCAAACUGCUUCAAGAUUACCAGGACUCCUACAUACUCUCUGAAUCUCAGGCUGAGGAAGCGGCUGAGGCCCUGUCCAAAGAGAACCUAGAAAGCAUGGUGUGAGCACAGGUCGAGGACAAGAAAAAGCAUGAGCUGGCCAUAUACUUAGCUCAUAAACAUCAAAAUACUAUGUAAGGCUGCUUCAGUGAGGACCAAGAAAGUCAUUUGGUGACAUAGGACAGUCAUUUUUGUGUCAGAUACCCUAAUCCUUCAGCAGACAGAAAACAGGACCUGAAGGACACCUGCAAUAGAGCUAUCUAUAGAGACUUCAAGGUAUGGCCUAAUGGGCUGGCCCACUCAAAACUGCCCCAGGUCUUCACCCUCUCUUCCUCUUGCUGAAGAAACCACCAGACCAGAGAGAUAUUUCAGUGAAGGAACUCUACUAUGAACACAUGUAUAACACAAAAUAAGAGAAACAGGGGCCUGUGCACUUGGCUUUAGUAGUCUAGAGAGAUCUGUCCCUUUGGCCAGGACAUGCUGCUGCUAUUGCUAAAAAAAUUUUACAGACAGAUAAAAGUAUUUUGCGCUCAAAUAAAAUUUAAUUACACAAAUUA